AUGAUGUGUCCAUUAUCUUCUCGUCCAGCUCCAUCUCUCGAUGACAACGGAUUGCUUUCGAGUGUCUCCAGAUGUCGUAGCCUUCUACCAGGUCCAGUAUCGAGUUCUGAGGGCCCCACCUCUGGUUCCGACCAAGGACCAUCUCUACCAUCCCUCCGUCCCCGAGCCAACCUGACAAAGAUCGCCUGCGAAUCGUGUCGGAAACGAAAGGCCAAGUGCUAUGGCGAACGUCCGACAUGCACGGGUUGUAUCAACAGAGGUGUCCAAUGUCAUUACCAGGCCUCAGACCAGGACCAGCAUGUCCUAAAGCGGAAGUACGAUGAGAUAAAAAAAAAAGCCAAUACCUACGAACAACUCUACCACCUCCUGACAUGUCUGCCGGAGCGGGACGCCCAGGGCAUCCUCCGCAGACUUCGCGAGGGCGCCGACGUCGCCACAGCCACGCAACAGGUGAAAGACGGCGACCUUCCGCUACAGCCAGCAUGGUCGCCAGAGAAACGACUUCAUUAUGAGUUCCCUUAUUCCUCUUCUAUGCCGGUUGCUCUGUUAUCACCGGACAACCCGUAUCUCGGCUCACCAGUAUUCGAAAUUACGUCCUACGCUCUGCCGCAGUCAACAGAGCAAACAGAGGUUUGGGCAAGCCAGUCCGAGACCAUUUACAUGACGCCGUAUAACGCAGCAGAACUGAUGGACCCUUACAUACCGAACAUUCAAGUUUCCAAGUGGACAUCGAUUGAGACAGACGAUGAGUUGCUGCGAGCACUCUUGCGAGCGUACUUUCUCAAUAAUUAUACGAAUUACACUUGUUUUCAUAAAGACAUCUUCCUCCAGGCCAUGAGAGACGGCGAUACUCGAUUUUGCUCUCCUUUACUCGUCAACGCCGUCCUUGCUGAAGCUUGUCAUAGCUAUCGUGGAGCCACCCACCGUGCCCAGUUUUGGAGACCAGAGACUCUAGGCUAUAGGUUCCUCGCAGAGGCGAAACGACUCUGGGAGCUAGAGAGCGGUAAGGUCAAGCUCACCACUCUGCAUGCCGCAAUGGUGUUACAUGUUAUCUACGCCAUUAAUGGGAUGGAUCAGGUCGGCGUAUCUUAUCUCAUACAGUCGGUUCUAUUGGCACAGGGCCUGAAGCUUUUUGCACCGGAGCAGACGGAAGGGAGAACGAGGACUGCCCGUGUAUUUACUGCUUGGGCCCUAUAUCGCUGGCAAUCAUUGCAGGCCUUCCAUAACUUUAGGGCUCCCCUGAUCAGAGAACCUCCAGCGACGCCUAUGCCAGACCUAGACGAGGAACCCUCGUGGUAUGGGGAACUCUGGUUAAGAUACCCGCCCAGUUCGACACUUGUACCAAUGCACUUUGGAUAUGUCUAUCGAGCUCAAACGGAACUACGCAGUAUUGCAAAUGGUAUUGCCUGUAUCAUAUUCGAGGGCCAAAAAACAGCUCGGAGUUUGCCAGCAAGCGACCUUGCUCGUUUUCAAAAGGCACUCGACGACUGGUACAAUGCUCUCCCAGAACCUAUCAAUUCGCACAAGGCAGUGCUACCGUGUCAGCUCAUAAUGCACAUGGAGUACUGUGUUUUGCUUUUCAAAAUCUCCCAAAUGAUGCUAGAAAAGACGAAGCCACGCAUAUCAACAAGUGUUGAAGCAGUCAAUAAUGACACUCGACCUUACAAAUCUGUUGCAUACGCUUUAAGAUGUCUCGAAACUGUACUUCGUCUCUACUACCUACGCCACAGCUUCGAGCACAGCGACACAUACCUGACCUACUUCCUCUCCAUCCUAGCAAAUACGACCAUCGAGAACAUGAAUAGCGACUCAGUAUCCCCGGAUGUGGAAACUCUCAAAAUCCUACGCGCAACACUUAUCCUCGCUGUCAAAGGCCUCUACGACCAAGGCCAGCAUGUAUACGUCUCGUCCGCCAUGUGCCGGCUGAUGCGGGACCGCAUGACGAAGGAAGACAUGAACGGGCUGAGGCGACACACGACGUGGAAGGACGAUCAACCGCUAGUCCCAUACUACUUUAGAUCGACGUUUCCGGUGACAAUAGUGAUGCUGGAUGAGGAUUGGCAGAUGGAGACGGUGCAGAACCUGGCUAAGAAGUAUGAUCAGUUGGCACUCGAGGCGAAUAAGAGUGAGAGUAGCGUGGCCAUCACACCGGAUAGGGGGUCCGAGUAG